AUGGUGAGCUUAACCGUGUCUGCGGCGGGGCGUUCACCGCUUGCUCGAGAGCUGCCCGUGACGCUCGAUUUCGACAACAAAACGCUCGGAGAUGUGACGGUUGCAGAAGUCAAGUCGGCUAUCGCUGCUAAAUUCCCCAAGUUCUACACCUCGCGACAGAAGCUCUCUCUGAAGGGAGAGAAGAAGGCGCUUGCAGACGAGAGCUCGCUUGAGGACGCAGGGAUCCAGGACGGGGAUGAACUCGCCGUCAAAGACCUCGGGCCUCAGUUAGGAUGGCGGACGGUUUACCUCAUCGAAUACGCAGGCCCGCUGUUCAUCCAUCCCCUCUUCUUCCAUUAUCCGGCUAUAUAUGGCGGCCCCCCUGUGCCGCACAGCAGGCUUCAAGAGAUGGUCUAUGUGAUGGUCAUGCUUCACUUCGUCAAGCGCGAGUGGGAAACCGCAUUCGUUCACCGCUUCUCGCACGGCACUAUGCCGUUCAGGAACAUAUUUAGGAAUUCCGCGCACUACUGGCUCUUGAGCGGCGCGCUCCUCGCCACCGUCGUCUACAGCCCAGCAUACAGCGCCUACUCGCCAUAUAUCAUUGGUACCGCUCGCGAGAAGCCGAAGUUUUUGCUGGGCAGCGUAGCUCUGUGGGCGUUCGCGGAGCUGUCAAACCUUUCUGCGCACCUCACCCUACGUUCCCUGCGGCCAGAGGGAAGCAAGAAGCGAGCGAUACCGUACGGUUACGGUUUCUCCCUUGUCUCUUUUCCGAACUACUUCUUUGAGAUCUUGUCAUGGGUGGCCAUCGCUAUCAUGACCGGCAGCUAUGCGGCCUGGCUGUUUGUGGUCGUCAGCGCCAUCACCAUGUCGAAGUGGGCAAUCAAGAAGCAUAAAGGGUACAAGCGCGAAUUCGGAGAAGCCUACCCACGGAAUAGAAAAGCUAUUAUCCCUUUCAUCCUCUGA